AUGAGCUCACAAAGAGGCAGUUUCGGUCAUACCGACCCGAACUUUCCCCCACCAACAGGUAGAUGGGACACGCCAGUCAUCAUCUACGGCUACACUCCGUCCAUCGCCCUCGCUGCCCUGGCCGCCGCACUCUUUUUCAUCCUGCUUGUCAUCCAUACAUGGCAGGUCACUCGCUACCGCAGCUGGUACUUCGUCACCUUCCCCGUCGGCCUCCUCUUCGAAAUUGUCGGUUAUGUUGCGCGUUCGCUGUCUGCGAAAAAGAAUCCUUAUAAUCUCAUCUACUUCAUCCUCAACUACUUUUUCAUCGUCACGGCCCCCGUCUUUCUUGCCGCAGGCAUCUACACGAUUCUUUCCGCUCUCAUCCACCGCCUCGGCCGCCAGUUCUCACCGUUGCCCCCUAAGUUUGUCUUAUGGUUCUUCAUUACCUCCGAUGUCAUCGCAACUAUUACCCAGGUCUCGGGUGCCGCAUUGAUUGGCGUGAAGCAGUCGAAGCGCGAGGAUCCGACGACGGCGAAUAAUAUCCUGUUGGGAGGUUUGGCGUAUCAGGUCUUUGCUAUUGGGUGUUUCGUUAUCACGACGGCGGUAUUCAUCUUUAGGGCUAGGAACGUUAUCAAGGAGCACAGACUGACGACAUUUGUUGCUGCCUUUUCGGCGGCCACUCUGCUUGUCUACCUGCGUACUUGUUUCCGGCUUGCAGAGACUGCCGAGGGUCUAGGCGGUCACCUUUACACGAACGAGGUCUUCUUUGGUGUCCUGGAGUUCGCGCCGGUGGUGUUGGCGGUGAUGCUGUUCGCGGUGUGGCACCCUGGCAGAUGCGUGGCCAAGAAGGUUUCAGGCAACCUCGGGGACGUCGAGAAGUCGCGAACCCAUAGUCACGAUUCUGUUCAGAAGUAG